AUGACUCACCAGACCGGCAUCCACGCCACCACGGAGCUAAGAGACUUCUUUGCCAAAGCCCGAAGCGGUUCGGUUCGGCUCAUCAAGGUCGUCAUCGAGGAGGAACAGCUCGUGCUGGGAGCCCACAAAGAGCUGUCCCGACGCUGGGACGCUGACUAUGACGCCUUGGUGCUGCCCUUGCUGGAUGAGCAGCAGCCGUGCUACGUGCUGUACCGCCUGGACAGCCAGAACGCCCAGGGCUACGAGUGGCUCUUCAUCUCCUGGUCCCCCGACAGCUCCCCGGUCCGGCUGAAGAUGCUGUACGCUGCAACCAGAGCAACGGUGAAGAAGGAGUUUGGUGGGGGGCACAUAAAGGAUGAGAUGUUUGGAACAGUGAAGGAGGACGUGUCUCUGAGUGGUUACCAAAAGCAUGUGUCCUCCUGCUCCGCCCCAGCCCCCCUGACUGCAGCUGAACAGGAGCUCCAGCAGAUCCGCAUCAAUGAGGUGAAGGCAGAGAUCAGUGUGGAGAGCAAGCACCAGACUCUGCAGGGCCUGGCCUUCCCCCUGCAGCUGGAUGCUCAGCAAGCCAUCCAGGCGCUCAAGCAGAAGAAAAUCAACUACAUCCAGUUGAAGCUGGAUCUGGAGCGGGAGACCAUUGACCUGGUGCACACAAGCCCCACGGAGAUCACUGACCUGCCCAAGAGGAUCCCCCAGGACUCAGCUCGUUAUCAUUUCUUCCUGUACAAGCACUCACAUGAGGGAGACUAUCUGGAGUCUGUUGUCUUUAUCUACUCCAUGCCCGGGUACAAAUGCAGCAUCAAGGAGCGCAUGCUCUACUCCAGCUGCAAGAGCCGGUUGCUGGACACUGUGGAGCAGGAGUUUUGCCUGGAGAUAGCCAAGAAGAUCGAGAUCGACGAUGGAGCUGAGCUGACAGCGGAGUUCCUCUACGAGGAGGUGCACCCCAAGCAGCAUGCCUUCAAGCAGGCCUUCGCCAAGCCCAAGGGGCCCGUGGGCAAACGGGGACAGAAGAGGCUGAUCAAGGGGCCAGGCGAGAACGGCGAGGACAGUUAGAUCCCCAGCACCGGGCGGUGAACGGACAGCAUCCCUGCGGCGCUUCCCGCCUUCCUCUCUGCUGGCCUGGGGAUCUUUCCCUCCAUCUCAGUCUUUUUCUUUUCCCUUUUUUUUUUUUUUUCCUGUUUCAUUCCUUUUUUAAACAUCAGGAUGGCUUGUUGCACCUGGGGGCAGAGUGAUGGGGAUGGUUCAGGGGCUGUCAGUGUCCUCUUUUCCCUGCGUCCUUGUUCGAGCCCCGGGGCUGCCGGCAGAGGACAGGAGCAGCGGGGCCGUGUCCCCCAGCCUUGCUCCUGUCCCCCCUGGGGUCAGAGCCGCUGCUGUCGGUGCCCCUGGGUGACUGAAGGACAUGCGUGCCUGCAAGCUGCACUAUGCAAAGGGAAGGGGAUGGCGUCGAGGAUUCCUGUUUGAAAAGAGAAAAUGCUUCUUUCCCUGCUCCCCUGGCCCCCAGGUUUUGCUCCUCUGUCCCAUUCAUGGUGUGCAAGGACCCUCUGCCCCAGACCUGGAGUGAUCCUGCACCCCCUGAGGGUGCGGGCAGGACCCCUCACUGUGGGGUGAGCUUUACUGGCACAGGUGUGUCUGUGGGACUGGCCAGUGGGAGACAGAAGGUCUCCCCUGAGUACUGAGCUCAGCCUCGCCCUGGGGAAAGGUCAUUCUGCCUUUGGAUGAUGUUUGCAUCCCCUUUUGACCUCAGCCCCUUCCCUAUUUAGGAUGGAAGCUGGGGGGACCUCAAGCCUCGGUGUCUUCCCUCCACGUGCCCCAACCCCCCACCAUCACUCCCCUGGUUUGCUGCUGGCUCUGGUCUAAGGGAAGCCCCAUGUCUUAAAAAUGACAUGGGCUAUCCUAAAUCCUCAUGUGGGGAGGUGUGGCAGCCCCUGCGUGCCCCCUUGGGGCCAUCCCCAACCACCAAGGGCCAUCAUCGGCUCCAAGGGCCGACCUUGUUGCUGUGAGUUGGGCCUCACAGGGAGCUCUGAGGGGAGAGCACCUUGCUGCUGGGUGCUAGGGAGGGCUUGGAAGCCACUUGCCUGCCCAGGAAGAUGGAAACAGGGUUGGUGAAACCUGCCCUCUGCUUUCCUGCUGCGAUGAUGAACGUGCCGAUGUUGCCUUGACCUCGGCAGAGUGGGCGGUGGGGGGACUGAAGCUGGGGGGAGCAGAGCACA